AUGCCUCGCUAUCAGUUUCCUGGCUUGGAGAGACACGCAUGUGCACGUGCUCGUGUGGUCACUGUGGGCGCAGUGAAUGAUGUGGGCGCAUGGCCGUGGGUGUCGACACGGCUACUGCUGCAGGGAUGGCUACAUACUGCCACGGGCACGGUUGCUGCCCAUGCAACAGGCGCUGCCGCAGCCAACAACAAUGUGGACCGCACGUUGUGCACCGGGCGUUUCUUGGCUCAGUGCUGUGUGACACUUACACACGCUCGCUGCUGUGCCAACACCGGUAAUGGACAGAGCAUUUACUCCGGUGCUACUUUGUGCCUUUUCAAGGGCUCCCUGCGACACUCCAACUCAGGACGCGGCGCAACAGUCCACACUAUGACUAUUUGCAGCCAGUCAUGA